AUGUUACAACCAACACCGAACACCAGACGUAUUGUUCGUCGGAUAACAGAUUCAGCGUCGUCUAUGGAAAGGCUCAACGACGAGAUUCCUAGUAAACGCACCACAACCAGAAAGCACGAAUUACAGCAACCCGACCCUCCUAAACUCCUGUCACCUCCUAUAGAGAUGAAUCGGCGUGAUAGCGCUACACCAGAUAGCCUGUCAUCAUCUUCCUCCUUCGCCUCUGCACCUGCCAGCGCUGCACCAGAUGAAAACGACAGCGUAAAGUCUGAAACGCAACCUCUUCCCACCCUCACCCUAGAUCGUGCUGUCUUUAGCUCUGUUAGUUUCUUCCCGUCGACGUUUGUCAACAACAUCGCCAACGUCGUCUUGUUCAAGAUACUUCAGAAAUACCAACGCAACGCCAAGCUUCGGCUUGACCUUGACGAGCAUGUCAACCAGGCCGUCUGGUCCCUCCCCCCACCGAGGCUGCGUGCGAGCGACGGGUCUGACCUUUUCAGCAGCCCGCACAUCUCCCCCGGUUUCCGGCAAAAGUACAGCAGCGAGUCCGAAAACGUGGACUACCGGGAGACGGCCAAGCAGCUGUCCGCCGUCCUCGGCUACGCCGCCGAGGCGGUGGAGAAGCUCCUGGAAGAGGAAAAGGACCAGCUGCGGCGGCAGGAGGCCCGGUGCAAAUGGGUGAAAAUCCAGGAGAUGCAGAAGCUGGGGGCCGUCCGGAUGGGCCUUGAGUCCACCACGGCCCGCCUGCACGCCUACGGCAACCGUGUCGCGAACGCGCAGGCCGCCGCGGAAGGGAUUGAGGAGCACCUCUCCCAAUCCAACGCGCGGGUGCAGCGGGGGAAGGCGGUGGUGCAGCUCCUGCGACACUUCAAGAGUCUCACCAGCCUCGACGCGGAGAAGCUCGCGGGGCUGCUGAAGGCGCUGUCGAAGGUGCGUUCAACGCAAAGGGUGGCGGUCACCGAGCGGUGGGCAUCCGGGGACGUGUCGCCGUCCAACCCGCGCUACUUCGCGGCGCCGAGCAGAACCGUUGGGAACGGCACCACAAGUGUCCCGCCGCGGUCCGUUCGCGCCAAUGGGUUGCCCAAACCCAAGGACGCGAUGAGUAGUGACCUGGGCAAGGGCAACGGCGAGGCUGACAACCUCAAACGCCACGGCGAAGAGAACGAGGAAGAUGCGGGCCUGCUUGGGGAGGAGCUGGCGGACGUGAAAUUAGAUCGUGUGGAGGCUGCCGCGGUGGCCUCGGGGUUGGACCGUGUGUUUGCCUCCCGUAGCUAUACCGAGGCGCAGGUUGAGUGGUGUCAAAAACUUCUCUUCUUAUCCUUAGAGAUCGGAAAUCUGGUAGGCAAUGCUAAAAAUAUCGAGAUCUAUGUGUCUUGGCUUCGUGAAGAGCUAGUCGCAGAUCUCUUUCACGUGGUCGGAUGCUUCAAGAGCUUCUAUAAUCGUGGUCCACAGGAAGCGAGGCAUCAGCCCUAUAGUUCUGCGCUGCUUAAGACGAUGGAACUUGUAUCGCGUCUACAUUCUACUAUCACCCCAUCGAAUGAUGCCCUGCAGAAGAUUUUCUUCUCGAAGUCUAUUAAUGAUCUCGGCCUAGCACUGUUUAGUGAAUACAACCCGACGCCACUUCCCAACCCGACCGUACGAUCGUCAGGUCCUGCACCAAUCAGCGCGAUGGCUCACUUCGCGGAGCACAUGGAGAAGGGCCUGGAAAAGGCGUUCGUGUUUCUGGCGGAACAGGUACAACGGGACGUUAUUGUGGUGGAAACCAUUUUUGGUACCGUCCGAACUGUGCGUCAGCAGCUUCUUGCGGAGGUGACCGAAGGGGUCGUGAAGCCCUUUGUGGAGCAGCAGAUUAAGCUAGCGGAAACGUUUCAAAUCGCGGUACUUGACAGCGACGCGAGCUUGUCACCGCGCAGUAGGAGGAAAUUUUCCAACGUCGUUGCGGAUGCAAUCGCAUACUACCACACCGUAGAGGUUUCUCUUUUCCUCCUGUUCCAGAAAUACAUUUGUGAGUUGAAGAAGAGCUUCACGGAGACCGAAGUGGAGUUCUUGAAUCGCUCAGGCAAGACGAUCUUUGCCAAACGCGCCACUUACGGUAGCUCUCGGGCCGAACUGGAUCUCCUGGAGCGCUACCAUAAGCUCAUCGAGGAGAAGUACACGAGGCAACUGCAUAUUGUACCGGACCAGUGCUUUGACGUGCGUGAAGCGCAUAUGACGAAAACAAAGGAGCUGAUAGAUCGCCUCACGGAGGUUGCGACGCGUGUCAGGACCUACGCGCUCCCCCAAGACGUCGCGUCCUACAUUCUUGCCCUGAUUAAGGCCUCAUUUACCAGAAUUGGUGCGUACCUUGACGAGGAGCUAAGCAAAACACUCGACGCCAUUCGGGCCGACCGGGAGACCUGGCGCCAGAAACCGAAGAGUGAGGAGGAGCUUCUCAAGCCGCAAAGGACAGAAUCUCAGCAGUGUGGCUUCCGCAUGCUACUCUUCGCACAGUCCUCGCUGAUGCAACUAUGGGGUGCGACUACGGCGAUCAUCGCCCCACUCCUCGAGACCCACCCACGUCUCUCCCAGGACGUCGAUGAGGUGUGGAGCACCGCUCUCGAGGUGCUCGAUGAACGUGCCGAAAAGCUUUUGAACAUGUGUGCACAAGCCAUUAUCGUUCGUGCACUCUCUAUUCUCAUACACUAUCAAACCCGAAACGAUUACUGCCCGCAUGAUUCAGGAAAGAACGACACCUCAGAGACCGAGGUGGCGCCGUGCUCUCGGGCUUGUACGCUUUUUUGCUACUAUAUCACGCGUCAGUUCGAAGUGUCGAAGGAAUUCAUUCGCAAAUCAAAUGAUCAGAUCGCACGGCGGCAGCCAGGCAUGGGCGGGAUGCCGGGCGUAGAGGGUCCUCAACCUAGUGACGAACUUCUUUCCUUCAUAGCUACUCUGGACAUGGCCUCAUCGUCACAUAAUGGUACCAAUGCUUUUCGAGCGCGGAUACAAACAAUGAAUCUUCAGCAGCUCAUCUACGGAAAUGGGGAACCUUCCUCUUUUGUACGCACCGUUGGGGUCUGCUUGUAUCGAGGUAUUUCAGCUCAUGUGAGGUCUUUCGUUGUGAAUGACCGUGGGGCGUUGGUGUACAAGCAAGAUAUGACAGCCUAUAAGGAGGCAAUGGCACCAUUAGGCACCACUCCUGGCCCGAGUGGUGCCCUCGUCGACACCCUCUUUCAGAUUCUCAAAGAAACAAGCAAUUUGCUGCUCAUGCCGCUCGAUUGUAUUAAGGAGGUAAAGCACUCCGGCAUGCUGAGGCUCAUGAAUGACGCGGAUAAGGUGAGGUUCAUAAAGAUGCGAAAGGAUGUGCGUGCAGCCUACAAGUCAAUGAGCAAAUGA